AUGGCCAAGAGCGGUGAAGACUAUACAAAACCUGAGAAACGAGCUCGAAGUUCUAGCCAAUCUACAAACCUACCGUUGCAUUUUGCUGUUCACAAGCCAGGAUGCCACUUUGAAAGCUGCUGUGGUAUUUGCAAUUUGUUUCCUGGGGUGCUUCUGAUUGCCUUUUGUCAGGUUCUGGUGGGUUCUAUCCUGUUAACCUUAAUCCUGACACACGGCACCCAAUAUGACGAUAUGCAUCACACACCAAAAUCACAGUUUAUGAGUCUUGCGUCAGGAGCGGUGCUGAGUGGAGUCACGGGAGCUGGUCUUCUACUAAUUAUUGUGGCUCUCACUGAGAAUUGUCGAGCUAUGCUGGUAUACCUCUUGGUCGCCACUCUAGUCUGGACUGGGAUAGUCACACUAGCGGUGAUCAAAAUUGCUAGAGCCUGCGAUCGAUUCAGUUACGCGCCAAAAAUAAAAGAUGAGCAACAUCGUUUGGACAACUUGGCGUGUGUUAGUGGUCUGUUUACUUUCCUUGGUGCUGGUAGUUGUAUAUUUCUUCUCGUUUAUGGUGGUGUUCAGCUUCUACCACUUCCGCUAUGUGAGGCGAGCUAUUUUGUUGCAUGAAGCGGAAUGUGAAUGAAUGUUUAUGUUUUAAAUAAAUCUUUGCGUAUAAA